UUUAUGGUUUUAUCUUCACUCACUUUUAUUCAUUAACCUGCCAGCUUGGAACUCCCUUUUUUAUUAGUAUUUCUUGAAUGAAUAACAUCACAACUGCCAAAAAAAAUCCCAUCUGGAAGCAUAUUCCAUACCUCUAUUAUCACUCAAAAAAUUCCUCUAAACAUUGUAGAAAAAACAUUUAAAAAAAAAAAAAAAACUUUCAUUAAGAAGAUGAUUCAAGACCCAAUUGGAAUUCCAGCUUGUUUCUCUGCUGGAGGCAAACUAGAUGACUUAGCCACAGUUACAAAAUCUGGCCAAAGUGUCUUCAUGUCGGUUUACUUGACCAAUAUAGCAGACCAAUGUCGCUUCAUCACGGUCACCUGGUGCAAGAAUUUGCUCAUUCAUGGUUUAUCGGUUUCUAUUAAUGGGCUAGAAACCGAAUACACGUGUAAAGUCGAGUUGAAGCCAUGGAACUUUUGGAGAAAACAAGGGUCUAAAAGCUUUGUAGUUGAUGGGAAGUCUCUUGACAUUUUUUGGGACCUUAAAAAUGCAAAGUUUCAUGGCGAAACAGAGCCCAUAUCAGAGUAUUAUGUUGCCGUGGUUUCGGGUGAAGAAGUGGUACUUGUUUUAGGUGACAUGAAGAAAAAUGCUUAUAGAAAAACUGGUUGUAGGCCUUCUUUGUUUGAUCCGAUUUUAGUAUCAAGGAAAGAGCAUGUUUUUGGAAAGAAAAAGUUUCAAACACGAGUUAAAAUCCACGAAAAAGGGGGAUUUCAUGAUAUUUGUAUCGAAUGCAAAACCAAAAACAAUGCAAAAAAUAGUCACGCUGACUCUAAUGCACAGGGUCCCAUCAGAACUGAUACUGGAAUUGGCGAUUUGGAAAUGGAAAUAAGAAUUGAUGGUGAUCUAAUGAUACAUGUGAAACAUCUUCAAUGGAAAUUUAGAGGCAAUGAAUUGAUUAAGUUCAAGAAAGGUAAGAUUGAAGUUUAUUGGGAUGUUCAUGAUUGGCUUUUUAAUCCUGGUUUAAGAAAUGCAUUGUUCGUUAUUAAACCAUCGUCUUUAGUUACUUUGUCGGCGCCGGUGUCACCAUCUUCAGCAGGGAAUAUUUGUGGUUCAGUUGAAAAGUUUUACCCAAAUGGUUCCUAUGAGUUUUGCCUCUUUCUAUAUGCUUGGAAGGUUGAGUAAUAUAUAGUUUAAUGUUUUGACCAUAUCAUAUAAUUUUGAUUACUCUUAAGAGCUUUUAGAUUA